GCCACGCCCUCCGCAAGUCCACGCCCACCGCAAGCCACGCCCACCGCAAGCCACGCCCACCGCAAGCCACGCCCACCGCAAGCCACGCCCACCGCAAGCCACGCCCACCACAAGCCACUCCCACCGCAAGCCUCGCCCACCGCAAGCCACGCCCACUGCAAGCCUAGCCCACCACAAGCCACGCCCACCACAAGCCACGCCCACCGAAAGCCACGCCCACUGCAAGCCUAGCCCACCACAGCCACGCUCACCACAAGCCACGCCCACUGCAAGCCACGCCCACCGCAAGCCUCGCCCACCGCAAGCCUCGCCCACCGCAAGCCUAGCCCACCACAAGCCACGCCCACCGCAAGCCACGCCCACCGAAAGCCACGCCCACUGCAAGCCUAGCCCACCACAAGCCACGCCCACCACAAGCCACGCCCACCGAAAGCCACGCCGACCGCAAGCCACGCCCACCACAAGCCACGCCCACCGCAAGCCACGCCCACCACAAGCCUCGCCCACCGCAAGCCACGCCCACCACAAGCCACGCCCACCGCAAGCCACGCCCACCGCAAGCCACGCCCACCGCAAGCCACGCCCACCGCAAGCCACGCCCACCACAAGCCACGCCCACCGCAAGCCACGCCCACCGCAAGCCACGCCCACCGCAAGCCACGCCCACCGCAAGCCACGCCCACCGCAAGCCACGCCCACCACAAGCCGAAAGCCACGCCCACCACAAGCCACGCCCACCGAAAGCCACGCCCACUGCAAGCCUCGCCCACCACAAGCCUCGCCCACCACAAGCCACGCCCACCACAAGCCACGCCCACCACAAGCCACGCCCACUGCAAGCCACGCCCACCACAAGCCUCCACGCCCACCGAAAGCCACGCCCACUGCAAGCCUCGCCCACCACAAGCCUCGCCCCCACAAGCCUCGCCCACUGCAAGCCACGCCCACCGAAAGCCACGCCCACUGCAAGCCACGCCCACCGCAACCCACGCCCACCACAAGCCACGCCCACUGCAAGCCACGCCCACCGCAAGCCACGCCCACCGCAAGCCAGUACACGCCAUCGG